CUAGUCAAUUUUAUGAAUAGCAAGAUAAAAAACAUAUCCUUUGAUCCUCAGUGAUUCUGGUGAUGAGGAUUCAGUGACGUCUGUGAAUAAUUAGAAAAUUUUUCUACUCAACGCAAAAGAGGGGACGAGUUUGAUUUUACAUGAAUUCGUUCUAUCACUGUGCAAACUUUACCUACCCGCCAAAGCCGGCACCCUACGUGGGGUGGCGUUAUAAACAUUGAUUGUGAAAAUUUGUGGCAUAUCAGCAAGUAACAUCAUUGGAAUCAAAAACAAUGGAGCCUUUGAAGAUUCAUUUGGAUGCCUUAGAAAUGGCGGGGAAGAUGUUGGACAAACACAUUAUAGCUGAUAGCAAUUUUCCAUCAUUAUUAAAUCUUAUGCAUUAUAAUGCACAAGGAGGCCCAACUGUGAGUGGUCUUGAUGAUCAUGAUUAUCCAAAUCUAAGCAGUGCUGCUAUGAGUUUUGCUAACAUUAACCAAAUGAGGAUGCAUGGCAAAGUACCAUUACCCCCUGAAGUAAUGGAGCAUUUUGGACAUAUGCAAUGCCAUUGUAUGAUGGGCCUCUUUACUGACAUUUCGAAAGCUUGGCUCACGAUCGACAGUGACAUAUAUGUCUGGUCUUAUGAAAAUGGGUCUGAUGUAGCGUAUUUUGAUGGGCUCAAUGAAACCAUCAUAAGCGUUGGAUUAGUCAAACCAAAACCAGAAAUUUUUCAACCUUAUGUCAAGUAUCUAUUGAUACUUACUACAACUGUUGAGAUUUCUGUACUUGGAGUGACAUUUACUGAUCCAAGCGAUGGAACACCUGAAGAAAUGCAGCUUGUCCCAGAGCCAAUAUUCAUUGUUCCUACGGACGGAAUCGCCAUCACAACUAUAGCUAAUACUAAUAGUGGACGAAUAUUUCUUGGUGGAAGAAAUGGCUCUCUGUAUGAGAUAUAUUAUCAAGCAGAAAGCACAUGGUUUGGCAAGCGUUGCAAGAAAAUAAAUCACUCCGAGGGUCCGCUGUCAUUUUUAGUCCCAUCAUUCGUAACUGUGGCCUUAUCCGAGGAAGAAGCAAUUGUACAAAUAUCGGUAGAUGAUAGUCGAAAUAUUUUAUACACGCUCGGCGACAAAGGUACCAUUGCGGUCUGGGAUAUUGAUAAAGGAAGCGCUUCAAAAAUCACUUCCGUGUCCCAAUCUUCAUUGGUUCAGAACGCUGUCCACAUUGUUAAAACACUUGACAGUAACAAUUUCCGGCCAUUAGUGAGUAUAUCUGCUAUUGCAGAAUCGGAAUCAAUUCAUCUGAACUUAGUUGCUGUUGCAGCAACUGGAACACGUUUCUAUUUAUCGUGCAGCUCGAUAACAAAUCCAUCUAGUAGACCACAUUGUCUGCAAUUGAUACACGUCAGGCUUCCACCAGGAUAUGCAGCCAAUGCUCCUGUGUCAAGACCAAGAAAAGUACAAAUGGCACAUUACAGGAAGGGAACUCUUCUUCUUAUCUGUGGCGGAGACACCGAAACAGCUUGGUGUUUGAGCAACGAUGCUUAUCCAUUCACAAAUUACUUAGCCGAAACCCAAAGCAUUUUACCACUAGAUAGCCCUGCGUGGGCAAUGGCGGAAAUCCCUGGAGAAACUGUUGUGCACAUCGAAAAACAGUCUAAUCCGAACGGAGAUCCUCCGUUGCUGGUUAGACAACAUAUGGAGGCACCUCGGAAAUUUAUAUUCUUAACAGCGCAGGGUGCUAUAAUUUUGGUCCAAGUACGACCCGUCGAUAUUCUUAGGCAACUUUUAUUGGAGCAACGAGGACCAGAUACUGAAGCUGUGCGCAUGUAUUUCCAAAGUCAGUCUCCGGAACAAGCGUGUGCCACGUGCCUUAUCUUAGCUACACUCGAAAGUUCGCAGAAUGCUCAGCUUUCCGAUUGGGCUACGAGAGCGUUUUUCCUGUACGGAGCCCAAAAAAUAACGACGUUCUCCAGCGGGGUUGAUCCUCAUUAUGGUCUCGCCAGUUUGCAAUCUGGUGAUCUUCGUACAUCAACACCACGGUCUCAGAGAUUUGACCCAAGAUCUCCGGUUCACAGGUCAAAUUCACAGAUGCCUGUGAAUUCAGAUGUAGCACUCCAACAGUUUUCCGGAAAACACGGUGGCCUGUAUCUUUAUGUAGGAAGAAUACUUCGACCUAUAUGGAAUGUGCGUUGUAUCAAGCAAGAAGUAGUGAAUAACAAAGUUCAGAUCCUAAGCACUGUUCCAACAGCACACAUUGGGUGGAUACUGGGUCAUCUCCAGGCAUUGAGGGCGUUCUUGAAUAAAAAUACCAACAUUUCUAAACAGCAUAAUACUACCAGAAAUUCAACAAACGGAUUUGAAAGUUCUUUGUCGCCACAUCUCCAAGAGCCAAUAAUCGAAGAACGUAAUUCCCUGGAUGCUUUGAAAGUAUUUAUUACACACGCCUGCGAAGUACUUGGCCUAUGGCGAAUAUUAUGUGAAAAUCAAUUGCAUAACAUCGUCAGCUGUUUGACGAAAGAUCAAGUUAAUCAAUUUACAACAGCGACAUACCGAGACUUGAUUUUGAUCGGUCACGAGAUAUCUUCUCUAUUGAUUGUACAUUUAAUUGAUAGUUAUCUCGGAGAUAAUGCCUCAGUCGAUGCAGUAAGCUGUAAAUUACGUGAGGUUUGCCCAAAUCUAUACAGAAAUGAAGAUGCUGUUUGUUCAAAGGCAAACGAAAUUAUUUUGAAAGCAAAGAAUUGCACAAGUCCGGAAGAAAAAGACAGUUACCUACAAUCUGCGCUGAAGCUUUGUAAAGAAGUAGCUCCUCGCCUGAACUUGGGUGCAGUGUGUCAGCAAUUUGUGGUAUGCCAAUUUUAUUUCGGUGUCCUUGAGCUGUGUCUCUGUUGCGCAGAGAGGGUCGAUCCAAAUAAUGCUGCUCUACAUUAUUACAAAAACAACGAACCGGCAGAGGAUCAAGAAGGAAAUCUGGCAUACAUAAAAAGGGUCGAAAUUUACAAGGAAUUCACAGCUAUGUUGGAUCAUUUGUAUAACCAGAGCAUGUCGAAUCCGUUGACACCUACUAUACCAAGUAAACCUGGACCCCCACAACAUAACAAUUCAAUAACAACUUCUGUUCCGGCAAAGGAAUUGUUACACGAGAUUAUAGACGACGCAUUGCAUUCCCCAUGUGAAAUAUUGCACACUUCAAUUUAUUCGUGGAUGAUAGACCGAGGGCUGCAUGGCGAACUCGUUGCUCUCACCACCCCUUCGUUAGAAGCAUAUCUGAUUCGCGUUAACGCACCCGAGCUUUUAUGGCAGUAUUAUGAACGGAAUAAGAAUCACGCUGCUGCUGCAAGAAUUCUCGACGCUUUAGCUACGAAAGUUAGUUCAGACGUACCUUUAUCCCAGAGAGUCGAGUACUUGGCUCGUGCCGUUGUAUGUAUGCGCAGUGAUCAAGUGGGUUACGCUCCGUAUCUUGGAAUUUACCUUAGAGAAUUGGAAGACAAUGUGGAAGUAGCUAGAAUACAGCAACAGAUUUUGGACACAAUUUGUAGUCAACAACACUUAUUGAAUCCAAUGACUGUGAGGGUCGCACAAAAGAGAUUAAAUUCGUCACUACUGGAUGUGACACAGUUGUAUGAAGAAUAUGCCGAACCCCUGCAACUCUGGGAAUGUAAACUUGCUAUAAUACAUUGCUCCGGUCAUCAAGAUUCUAUGUUGAUUCAAGGAAUUUGGACAAACAUAAUUGAUAAUGAGUUGAAAAAUGCAGUGGCGCCUUCCGCUGAAGAUAAAAUGGUGAUUCUGAUGACUAAAGUUAAACUUUUAGGCCAAGAGUACUCUGGAACACCCCAUUGUUUUCCAAUUGAUUUCCUCAUCAAACAACUAGAAUUGAGGGCUUGCCGAUUACGAGUCUCAAACAACCACAUAAUAUCAGGCUUCUUGCAAUUGGGUGUUUCCAUAGAAGAUCUUCUAGACCUAUAUGACAAAAUGAUUGGAGGCAAUAAUCGUACUUGGCUAACGGAAGGAAAUGAACUUCACCUCAUUGAAUCGACAGCCAAUCUGGUGACUUAUUUUACAUCAAGCUCCAAUAUUACAAACACUUUCAUCAGGAGAAAAAUUACCGCUAAAUGUCAAGACGUGAUCGCCAAAUGUUUAACAACGGUAUACAGCAAACCUAAUGCAGAUGAAUUGAUAAACAGACUCAGAUCGAUACAGAGCGUGUUGAAUCGAAUGUAACUCAGUUUUUUAAUCCAGUAGAUGCUCUGGUCUCGAAAAAAGUACUUUCAAAAUAUAACAAGACUUUUGGUUUUUAAAA